GCGUUCAAAUAUGAGCAAAAAGUUUUCUCUUUUAAAAAUUCCAAUUUCUGCAUUGACCAGCUGCCACACUCUCUUUCAAUCACUUCGAUUUCUUGGCAAGAAGUUCCAUUCCCCUCUCGUCUUUUGCUCUCUCAUUCACGAUCUCCCAUAGAGAGAUUGAGAGAGCGAGGAGACUGAAAAAUGGCUAUUGACAAAGACAUAGAGGAUUGGAUGGGAAGCGAGCAAAAUGGCUCAGUGGAGCUUCUCAUCGAGCAUGGAGAUUUGAAAAGCAGCAAAAGAUCCAUAUGGAUGAUUCUUUUCAGCACAAUCGUUGUCGUCUGUGGCUCAUUUAUAUUUGGAUCCUGUGUUGGCUUUUCUGCGCCAUCUCAGUCUGGAAUCAUGAAUGAUAUGGGCCUUUCCUUGUCUGAGUUUGCAGUUUUUGGAUCCAUACUAACAAUUGGUGCAAUGAUUGGCGCAAUUGCAAGUGGGAGAAUAGCUGAUUUCCUUGGAAGAAAAGGGGCCAUGAGAGUGUCAGCUUUAUUUGGUAUGAUAGGAUGGCUAGCAAUUUAUUUUGGCGAGGAUGUUUUACUGCUUGACUUCGGGAGGAUUUUCACAGGUUUUGGGACUGGUGUUUUUUCAUAUGUGGUACCUGUGUUCAUAGCAGAAAUAUCCCCAAAAAAUCUUCGAGGUGUCCUCACAGCAUUGAACCAGUUAAUGAUUGUUGGAGGAUUAUCGGUGACAUAUAUAGUGGGUACAAUAGUAUCAUGGAGGGAGUUAGCUCUAAUUGGACUCAUCCCAUGCUUAAUUCUACUUUUGGGCCUCUUUUUCAUUCCAGAGUCUCCUCGAUGGCUUGCUAAAGUUGGGAAACAAGAAUUGUUUGAAGAGUCACUGCAUCGCCUUCAUGGAAAAGAUGCCGACAUUUCUGAGGAAGCAGCAGAAAUUCAGGACUAUAUUGAAACUCUAAACCGACUCCCACGAGCGAGAAUUGUGGACCUAUUUCAAAGGAAGUACAUCCGUUCAACCAUCGUUGGUGUUGGGUUAAUGGCAUUUCAACAGUUUGGUGGAAUCAAUGGAAUUGUAUUUUAUUCAAGUCAAACAUUUGUAUCAGCAGGAUUUUCUUCUGGCAAUUUUGGAACCAUUUUGAUAGGUGCAAUACAGUUGCCAAUAACAGCUUUGGGAGCAAUAUUAACAGACAAAACUGGUAGAAAACCCCUUCUAUUGAUUUCUUCAUCUGGGACCUUUCUGGGUUGCUUCGUUGGUGCCUUAUCUUUCUAUUUACGGGAACAAGGAGUGAAUGCAGAGUGGGUCUCUGUCUUAACACUUUGUGGCAUAUUGAUUUAUAUUGGAUCUUUCGCAAUGGGAAUGGGUGCAAUUCCAUGGAUUAUAAUGUCAGAGAUUUUCCCCAUUAAUAUCAAAGGAACUGCUGGGAGCCUAGUGACUCUGAUGAACUGGUUUGGAUCAUGGCUUAUCUCAUACACAUUCAACUUUCUCAUGAGUUGGAGCUCUUGGGGUACAUUCCUUAUCUUUACUGUAAUAUGUGCAGCAAAUGUUGUUUUUGCACUGAUAUUUGUGCCAGAAACUAAAGGACGCACUUUAGAAGAGAUUCAGGCAUCAUUGAAUGGUUAGCCAUGAUUAGUUACAGAUGAAAGAGAAGAUAAUUUACUUGGAGAAAUUAUUCUAUGCGGUCACUGAACGGUCCAGAGUCGAAUUAGAAUGCGUCACGUCACCCGGUGCCGAGCGGUACGCAUCAAAAAAUGAUGUGGCACAUUCUCAUUGGCCUCUGAACAUAGUUCGGUUGCCGCACAGAAUAAUUUUUUUGCGGGCUUCAUGUGUUACUAUUUUUAUCAAAAGAGCUUUAAUUCAAGCAAUAUCUUCUUUAAUUUCUGUAAUUUUUUUGGAAAUAAAUAUUUGUUAGCUUCCUAUGUAUUAUCUAAACUUUGUGCGUUUAUUUAAUUGAGCCGUUGAGAAAAUUUUGUUAUUAUUUU